AUGUGUUGCGAGGGAAAGCAAUGGCAUCUGGUCUGGUCUGACGAGUUUAAUGGACAGGAGUUUAAUUAUAGCGAAUGGAAAUUCUCGUCGGGAGGCGGAGGUUGGGGUAAUAAUGAACUCGAAUGCUAUACAUCGAAGAGGAAGGAAAACUCGAGGGUAGAGAACGGAUCGCUUGUUAUUCACGCGCGGGUGGAGGACAUGGAGGGCCGACACUUCACGUCAGCCCGACUCACGUCAAAGAAAGCGUGGACUUACGGCAAGUUUGAGGCCAGAGCUAAGUUACCCAAAGGAAAACACUUAUGGCCCGCCGUUUGGCUUAUGCCUCAGGGCAACGAAUAUGGCGCCUGGUUUGUACACCUGUGCCUCAAAUUACAUAAUAUGUUCACUAAUUUAAUUGUAUUGCUUUAUCAACGGGCGGCGAGCGGUGAGAUUGAUAUAAUGGAGUACAGGGGACAGAAACCGCACACUAUUUUUGGUGCCAUUCAUUACGGAGGCGUCGCUCCCAAUAAAGUAUCCAAAGGAAGCGGAGACAAGACAUUUAGCUUUGAUUUUAGUAAAGAUUAUCACAUUUUUGGUCUCGAAUGGGAUAAAAAAGAGAUGAAAUGGUUUUUAGAUGGAAAGCAAUUUCAUAAAGAAAAUAUCGAUAGAGAUAUGUGGUCGGGAAAGGGGGACAAUCCAUACAAACAUAAGGGCGAGCCCUAUAACAAGCCCUUUCAUUGGAUACUCAACGUCGCUGUCGGCGGAAAUUUUUUCCCCGAAAAAGUAUUCGGACCUCAAUUGACGACCAAUGAGGCCAUUAAAUGGGAAAAGCCGACGAUGGAGAUAGACUUUGUGCGCUACGAAGACAUAGAGUAA